ACGCUUUGUAACACAAUAUAAAUAGCACAAAGACCAUAAAGAAUCUCAUCAGUCAAAAUAAUAAACAUAUCGAUCAAAGUUGAAAAGACAUGGCAGUAUCAAAGACAACAUUGCUCAUUGUUCUUGUCGCAGUUCUUCUCUCAUGUGUGUCGAUAUCAAAUGCGAGGGAAAUGCAACAUCCGCAAAAUGUGGAGUGUGUUGGAGGAGAAUGUCCACCAAAGCAUCCACAACAAUAUUUUGGGAGUUGCUUUCGCGAUCAAGAUUGCCAUAAUAGUUGUUUCUCAUUUUGCAGAUAUCAAAAAUGUCAUCAUCAUGAAUGUAUUUGUGAACUAUGUAGCAGCGACGUGGCUCCAUCACCUAAAUAGUGCCACAAUGCUAGAAUAGAAACGAUGCUAAGCACCUUCUUAGGUUAUAACGAAGUACUAUCUUACAUUAUCGAAUAAAUUUUCAAGAAUAUGACCUCUGAGCAAUGUAUUACAUAUAUAUAUGAAAA